AUGAAGGGGAUUGGACUAACAGAUAGCUCGCGCGACUCGCUCCGGAAGCCCAGCCAUGUGUCCGGCGAUCUUUCUCCUAAGUUACUCUCGUAUGACUCUCGACGACAAAAGGCUGUCUUCUCCAAUGCGUUUGGAUUCAUCGAUCCGUACGAGGGGUCGGGAGAAGGCGAGACUGACUCGAUGAUGUCCAUGUCCGUGACAAGUGCUGGCGGAACGUCCCCUGUCGUAAACCUCCGCGAGGAAUUGCGCCAUGACAUCGAAGUAGUAUACUUCCCCCAGGGCUCUGUCCUUGUGGAACAAGGUGAGCGACACCCGGGUCUGUACUAUGUGAUUGAUGGAUUCUUGGAUGUGGGAAUUCCCGUAAAUGAGAGUGGCGAAGACUUGGUUGGCGCCUCACGCCCGUCCGGGUCCACCGCUCAAGAAGAACUCUUCCCAAAACUGCGACGUACAGCAACCAGUUCUUCAAGGGUGCCCGGCGCGUCAGGGUCCAAUGAUGGCCGCCGAAAGGGACAGUCACGCAAGUCUCUGUAUUUGAUUAAGCCAGGAGGCGUACAGGGCUACGUCGGUGCCCUCGCAUCCUAUCGUUCCUACACUGAUGUUGUAGCGAAAACGGAUGUCUACGUGGGCUUUUUACCACGCUCUUCCCUGGAGCGUAUUGCGGACCGCUACCCGAUUGCCCUGCUUACCCUGGCUAAACGCUUGACCCGCCUUCUCCCCCGAUUGCUUCUGCACAUCGACUUCGCUCUUGAAUGGGUGCAAGUGAAUGCCGGCGGGGUCAUCUACCACCAGGGCGAUGAGAGUGACGCGAUCUACCUGGUUCUCAAUGGACGUCUGAGGUCCGUACACGAAGGACCAGAUGGGAAGAUGACGGUGGUUGGAGAGCACGGCCAAGGCGAGAGUGUUGGCGAACUUGAAGUGAUGACCGAAUCCACCCGCCCAUCCACUCUGCAUGCGAUCCGAGACACCGAGCUCGCCAAAUUCCCGCGUUCUCUCUUCAAUAGCCUUGCGCAAGAACACCCGGGGAUCACCAUUCAGGUUUCGAAGCUGAUCGCCCAGCGUAUGCGAGACCUCGUGGAGCACCCACUGUCCUGA